AUGCCCAUGUCUAUUCAGGAUACAAUGGCCUACAGGGCCGACGAGAGACAUGGCCAUGCUCUUCUUACCGAGGCCCAGCGACAGGCCAUCUUCAAGGCUUCGCUUCCCGCCCCAAUCGAUGGACCAGCCACCGUGAACAGCAAGGGCGGACCGGUUCCGCGCAGAUCCCGGCUUGGAGUCCGACGCUUUUUGAAGAAUCAAGUCUUCGUCUUCGUUUUCGCCCUCAUGCAUGGCAUCUUCUCCCUAUACAUCAAGUCACGGCAGACCUGGCACGGCGUGGCCUAUCAGAUCUCUUCGAUACUAUACUACCACCACGCGACGCCGCAGUACAUCCGGCGGGACGUUGAGGGGCUGAGCAAGAAGCCCAAGCAUCUCAGUGCGAUCCUGAAGACCGAGGUCAACCACAGGGCGAAGACCGAUGUUGACCGACUCAUCGAAGAGACGGCCGAGCUUGCAACGUGGUGUGCUUGCGCAGAGAUCCCAAUGCUCUCCAUCUACGAAAAGUCAGGAGUCCUGAAGAAGCACAUGCCUCGUGUCUACGAAGCCGUCAUACAAAAGUUCACCUUUUACUUUGGCACUGAACACCCAACCCUGUCUGUGACUUCCCCUCACAAGGACGACUUCCCCACGCGGAUGCUCGAGGAGAGCAAGCACGGCCACCUACAGCUUCACCUCAUCUCUUACCAGGACGGCCGAGAGUCCAUCGUGGACCUCACCCGAACCCUUGCAGACAUGUCACAGCGGGGCAAGAUUUCCCCGCGAGACAUCUCUCAAGAACUUGUCGAUGCCGAACUCUCAGAGGGCAUCCUCCCGGAACCGGACUUGCUGAUCCUGUUCACCCCUUAUGUCGAGCUGUCGGGCUAUCCGCCGUGGCAGAUUCGACUGACUGAGAUCUUCUGCCUGCAAGACAACGAAACGUUUGGCUAUCAGGUAUUCCUGAGGGCUUUGAGGAAGUUCGCUUCCGCCCAGAUGCGUCGCGGCAAAUAG